UAGAGUUUGGGGUCAAGUACCAAAUGGUAACAGAAGGAAAGAGCCAAGUUUUGCUCAUAAAGGAUUUCCAGUCUACAGAUCAGGGUGUCUAUUCUUGUGUAGCCUCAGAAGAGGCAAAGACUUCAAUCAACCUCAACCUCGAAGGAGAUGACACAACACUUUCUCAGGAUGCAGGCAGCCAGCCCAAACUGCCUCCUGAGGCGGCUUCUGAGGGAGAUUUACAUGCUCUAUGGGAUGCAGUGGCCAAGAAGAGGAGAAUGAGUCGGGAACCCACGUUAGAUUCAAUUUCAGAGUUGCCAGAAGAAGAUGGAAAAGAAAAAGCCCAGAGCAAAGAGGGAAAAGUAUCUGAAAAGGAAGUGAUACCUGCUGAACCAACUCCUAAUAUCACUGGGGAGCCUAAUCUCUAUACAAGUUCUGAUGAGGAAUCUCUCAGUGGGACAACAAGCUUGGUGUCUUACCUAAAGAAAAGCAGCAAGUCCUCUAUGACUGUGGAAAGUCACACUGAGACUAUUGCCUCCAAGAAACUGUAUGAGCACUUCCAGAUGACAGAGCAAUCUGUUACAAAGACAUCUGUGGAACCUGUCAUGGAAGCUCCGAAAGGGGAUGAGUUGCUAGAGGCUGCUGUCAAGAUUCAGGCAGCCUUUAAAGGUUAUAAAGCCAGGAAGGACAUGCGACCAGUCUUCAAAGAAGUAUUUAAGGAUCAGUCUAAGGAGCCCAAUGGGACAAUUCAUCUUGAGUGCAUUGUGGAGGGUAAGCCGGAUAAAGUUCGCUGGCUGAAAGAUGGUGAACCCUUAACAGAUGGCAAGCACCAUCAUAUUGACAUCUAUAAUGAUGGCACCUGCUCUCUAGUAGUGACAGCUGCCACAACCAAAGACACAGGUGUAUAUACUUGUGAAGUAACCAAUAAGUUUGGUAUUUCCACCCAUAGUGGCAAAGUCACUGUCGGGUCACUGCGGGAAUCUUCUGGGCGACGCCCCCUCACUCUGGGCUACAGUGCAGAUAGCGAAGCUGAGAGCUCCUCAGGGAGUGAAAUGGAUGAGACUUUACGGCAAGCAAGCAAACGAUUACGGCGACUUCUUCGUACUUGUCUCCCCCCGGAUGUGGAAGAGGAACCGUUUGUUAGUGCAGAUGAAGGAGAUUUACCACCAACGGACCUAAAAUCUUACCGGGAAGAUGAUCAGUAUAUCUACAUACGUUUUGAUAAUCGUGCAGAAGCUCAAGUAGCUUCCCAGCGCUUCCAGGAAAUGUUUACUUAUCAAGGAGUGCCAAUCGAAACAGCCAUCAUAGCAGUAGCAGGUACUAAGGUAGAGCUGCGUAUCACAAAGAUGGGUUUCUCCCAAGAUGGCUCCCAAACCCCAACUCAGGAGCGACCGAUGCCUGCUUUCAUGACAGGACGCCCUGCGGCACCCGUCUUCUUGACGGAGCUCCGUAGCCAAGAUGUUCCUGAUGGGUUUCCAGUCAGUUUUGACUGUGUAAUUGUUGGCAAUCCUCCACCCACUGUGAGAUGGUUCAAGGAUGGAAAGAUAUUGGAGGAAAGCGACCACUACAUGAUCAAUGAAGACCAGGAAGGCCAUCGCCAGCUGAUCAUCACAGCUGUGCUGCCCACAGACAUGGGCGUGUACCGAUGCAUGGCUGAAAAUGACAGUGGCAUCGCCUCCAGCAAGGCUGAGCUGAGGGUGGACAUGUCUUGCAGCUCAGACUAUGACACAGCAGCCGAUGCCACAGAGACAUCUUCCUAUGUCAGUGCUAAAGGUUAUGUGUCUAGCUCCGAGCACAGGGACACGGAGGCUUUUGAGUCAGUGGCAGAGGACGAGCAGCUUCCUCAAGUUGUGGAUGAGUUACAUGAUUUAUUCCUCAGUCCCGGAGCACCCAUUGCCAAAAUGAGUUUCAGGGUUAAAGGAUUUCCUAAACCAAGGGUUUACUGGUUUAAGGAUGGCACCCCACUCCAAGCCUCCAGCAGAAUUGUAUUGUCAAGCGAGCGAGAUCAGCACAGUCUUGAGAUUUUAGAUGUUAAGCACGAGGACACUGGAGAAUACUCAGCAUACAUUAGUAAUAUAGCUGGCUCUGCCUACUCUUCAGCACGUCUGAAUGUACAGGCUCCUGGAGAGCACCCCGCACCUGAACAAGGACGGAUGAGAGAUUCAAAGGUGCCACUUGUACCACCACGCUUCCUGGAGAGGUUCAGCAACAAGAAGGUGAAACAGGGAGCAAGUAUAACGCUGUCAGUCAAAGUGGAAGGCUCCCCAACCCCAUCUGUAAACUGGUUAAAGGAAGUGUCAGAUAAGGAUGUUCUGUGGAUAAAGGCAGACACACCAGGUUACAAGGUGGCCAGCUCUGGCCGUCAACAUAGUCUCAUCCUCAUGGAAGUGGAAACAAAACAUGGCGGCAUGUACACUUGCAUUGCCACCAACCGUGCUGGACAAUCAGUCAACACAGCCCGACUGGAUGUGGAGACAGCACCAGAGCAAAAGAAAGUGGGGCCAGAGGUUCUGGGAAUUACUAUCAGCCCACCGGAGGAAGAGGGCAAAGGAGAGAUCAAACUACCUUCCAUGGGUGAAGUGGGUACAGAGGAGUUCUUACAAAAACUCACAACCCAAAUCACAGAAAUGGUAUCUGCCAGAAUUACUCAAGACAGCUUACAGAACCAUCAAGUGCUCCAGUGGAUGAAAUCUUGGCCCAAAGUAACCACUUCAUUGCGUGUCCCAGGACCUGACAGCGAUGAUGAAACAAAAACACCAUCCCCAUCUCCAUAUCACGGCCGAUCACGGCCUCCAUCUCUGAUUGCAGACUCCUCAUCUGAGUCAGAUGAAGGAGAUGCCCGAGGAGAGAUGUUUGAUAUUUAUGUGGUGACCGCUGACUACAACCCCAUGGGGGUCAGUAAAGAUGCCAUCGCUCUGAAAGAGGGCCAGUAUGUGGAGGUUCUGGAUUCUGCCCACCCACUUAAAUGGCUGGUCCGCACCAAGCCCACCAAAUCCAAUCCAUCUCGCCAGGGAUGGGUCUCACCUGCGUAUCUCGACAAAAGACUGAAGCUGUCUGCAGAUGUUGCAGACCUCCCAGAGACCACCAGAGAAGAAGUCACAGAGACAGAGUACAAGAAGAAACUUUGUCAACUCGUCCAGGAGCUGAUUAGCACAGAAACUGAGUUCCUGAAGGAGAUGGAGUUCUUCACAUCACACCAUCUGAAGCGUGUGGAUGAAGAGAGCACACCAUCUGAAAUCACCAGUCAGAAGGAGACCAUCUUCCGUAAUAUCAAUGAUUUGAAAUCCUUCCACAGCAGUUCUUUGCUGCCUGGUCUGCGUGACUGUGACACAGAUGAUGACAUUGCCAUGCAUUUCCUGAGAAACUCUGAAGGGUUUGAGAAAUAUUUGCAGUACCUCAUUGGACAAUUGCAAGCUGAGUCCGUCAUCAGUGAGAAAGAAGUGCACCAAUAUUUCAAGGAGUAUACGGUCUCAGAGUUGGCAAAUGUUGACCCCUCAGAGGGUCCAGUGCUAAGCAUCAACGCUUACCUUCAGAGACCACCAGAGAGAAUUCAGAAGUACAGAGCUUUACUGAAGGAAUUGAUCCGGAACAAGGCGAGGAACGGUCAAAACUGCUGUUUGUUGGAGCAGGCCUAUGCCAUGGUGUCGUCCCUCUCCCAGCGUUCAGAAAACACACACCAUGUCUCUCUCAUAGAGAACUACCCCGCCAAUCUGGAGGCACUGGGAGAACCUAUUAGACAGGGGCCCUUCACUGUUUGGGAAGGAGCUCCUGGAAUUCGAACAUCUUCCAGAGGUCACCACCGCCACGUUUUCCUCUUCAAAAACCAUGUGGUCAUCUGCAAACAGAAGAGAGACACGAACACAGACACCCAAGCAUAUGUGUUCAAGAAUAUGAUGAAGCUUACAAACAUCGAUGUGAACGAGACGGUAGAGGGUGAUGAAAGAGCGUUUGAGAUCUGGCAUGAGCGGGAGGACUCCGUGAGAAAAUACACGUUGCAGGCACGGACUGUUAUCAUCAAGAACUCAUGGCUGCGUGACCUCCGUGACCUUCAGCAGCGCCACAGCAUGCCAGCAUGGAGCCCUCCAGAUUUUGACGCGGUGUUGACAGACUGCACAGCAGAGCUCGGACAGACAGUAAAGCUCGCAUGCAAGGUCACUGGUGCUCCCAAGCCACAGGUCACCUGGUACAAAGACGGGCGUGCCGUGGAAGCGGAUCCUCAUCACAUCAUCAUUGAGGACCCAGACGGCUCUUGCACACUCAUUUUGGACAACAUGACAGCAGAUGACUCAGGACAGUACAUGUGCUUCGCCACCAGCUCUGCGGGCAACGCCAGCACACUAGGCAAAAUCACUGUGCAGGUACCUCCACGUUUUGUGAAUAAGAUCCGGAAUGCCACCCUAUAUCCAGGAGAAGAUGCUCAAUUCACCUGCACCAUCCAGAGCGCACCGAGUCCCAAGAUAAGAUGGUUCAAGGAUGGUAAACUGCUGACAGACCAGGAGAAGUUUCAAACAUACAGUGAACCGCGCAGUGGAGUGUUGGUUCUAGUUAUCAAGAACCCUGGAGAACGAGACCUAGGACAUUAUGAGUGUGAGCUGUCGAACCGUCUGGGCAGUGCCAGGUGUGCGGCUCAGCUGAUCACUCCUGCUGUGGCAAUGGCACGAGAACGUAGAGCAGAUCAGGCCAUCAGUAUAGAAGUAAUGGAGCAAGAGACGAAAAUACCGAAGAAAACCAUAAUUAUUGAGGAGACCAUCACCACAGUGGUGAAGAACACCCGUAUGAAACGGCACGCAUCCCCACGACCAUCGCCCAUGGGAGCUCACCGCUCAGAAACAUCCACACCUGAACCGCCCAGACAGAGACGAACCCUGGCCAGGAAGACCGUACCAACACUGUACGUUCCUGAACCCGAGGGUGCCACGGCCAGGAACCCAAGAUGGGUAGAAGUCGAAGAGAUAAUAGAGUAUAAAGUGAACAAAUCACCCAAGAUACCAAGAAGAAGAGGCGUUUCCCCCAGCAAGAUCUCACCACCUGGCAAUCCAAACACUAAUAACUCCAACAACAAGUUACUCGAGGAGGCAAUGGGUGCCACAAUGGCUCUGCAAGGUUCUUCUGGUACGGAUGAAGAGGAAAUUGCACAGAAUGUGUCUGAAGUACCUUCAGAGGUCGACAAUAUGACUACAUACUCAGGAGAAACUGAUGACCCAUGUGUCUCUGAUGGAGAUGAUGAAGGAACUAUUGUCGUGGAACCCGAAGAUGAUGAAAUUGAUGCUGGAGACCACAAAAUGCUGACUGAUGGAAAUCGAGUUCUUAAUCUUGAAGAUCUCGAGGACUACAUUCCCCAGGAAGGGGAAACAUUUGGCAGCGGUACAGACCAUCAUGUCCUCGAUGAGAAACCAUGUGAGAUCUCGGUGUUGCAGAGAGAAAUUAACGAGCCUGUCAUUGGUAAACCCAUUGUUUUGAACGUGGUACGUCCGGUGCCACCAGCAAAGCCUCGCAUGGGAUUCUUUGGGUCCUUCAAGGAGCACAUCUCCAGCAUGUUUAGUCCAGGUUCAUCGGCGAGCGGGAGCUCUCAGGCAAGGCGAGAGAAGACAAUACCUAUUCUUGUGACGGGACAACCUUCAUCCAGCUAUUCAUGCCAUGCCAGUAGCUUUGCGAGGCUUGAAGUCCAGCCGACGUACUGCUCCGAGGUCCAGAGAGGAAAGGAAGGAGGUCUUCAGAGCUUCAAAACGCAGGUUUCCGCACAAACCCGCAGCUACACGCCAACCGGACAGGUCACUCUUAAGAUCAGCAAGAAGAAGCCAUUUGAGAAGCAGUAACCGAGAGGAAACCGCUUGUUUCCAGCAUGCAAUAUCAGGAACAUAAAAGUAGGCUUAGUCUUCAAUGGGAACACUUCUGUAAAAUCUUGCAAUCUGGGAGUGCAAUUCAAUAGCGAAGCGUCUUCUAACAGCAGAUCAUUCCAUUUUGAAGCAAAGGAUUCACUUGCCAAACUCAAUGACCUAAAGAAGACUUACUCAUUUCUUGAGUUUCCGUGAGCAAAUGUGCAGCUGUGCUUCAGAACGGCAAGUCUGAUACAACAUGAAUGUGCAAAUAUCGACAGUAAAGCUGUUUUUCGUCUAAAACAGAGGUGUCCAAUCCUGUCCCUGGAGGACCAACAUCCUGCAGAGUUUAGCUUCAUCCAGCUCCAACACAGUUGUCUGGAAGUUUCCAGUAAGUCUGAAGACCUUAAAUAUCAGGUUCAGGUGUGUUUAAUUAGGGUUGGAACUAAACUUUGCAGGAGAAGUGUCCCUUCAGGAACAUAUUUGGACACCGCUGGUCUAAAACAGAGGUUCUCAACUCUUAACCUUGAUCAAACUCACCUUUCUGUAACUUUCUAGUAAGUCCUUGAUUAGUUUGUUCAGGUGUUCGAUUUGAGUAGGACCUAAACACCUUCUGAGAAUCCUUGUACUAAGAAACACGUGUCUGUGUAUGUCAAGAAAUCCAAAUUUUGACUCCAAAAAUAAGAUUUUAUCUGAAUUAAAUGUAUGUGCUGUAUGGAAUUAAUACCUCAGCAAUACAUAUAUAUAUUUGUGUGUUUUUCAACAUCUAAAAGCCAGAGCAACUUUUUGUUUCAAGUUAAUUGCAUGAGUUGUUCUUUGGAGUAAUACACUGUGGCUUGUUGAAUCUGAGGUCUAUGUUUAUGUAUCCGAACUCCUGAAUAUGUAAUCCUGCACUGAAGACUAUUCAAUGUGGUCAGCAAUGACUUCGAAAGGAAUAGAUGUGGGAGAUCUUAAGACUUAAGAACCAGAACACAAAAUCUAUUUAAUGACUUUAGAAGAUUUAUUUUAAAAAGUAUUUCUUGUGCAACAUGACUUUAAGCACAUAGUAUUUACAGAUUUAAAAAGAUUUGCGAUUUACUGGAGUAAUACUAAUAUAUAUAUAUAUAUAUAUAUAUAAUGUGUUUGAACUUAAUACAAACACAAAUUUUGUCAACCAAAAUUUGCAUGUGUAACAAUUUGUAUUGUUUUGUGCAUCACAUGGUUUGAAAAGUUUUGGUAAAAGCAAAAUAAAUUAGGACUGCCAAGGGUGUUCAGCAGAAAAAAA